AUGGAAAGAAAAGGCUUAGCUGUUAAAUUGACUGGCUUAUCAGAAGACAUCGUGGACCUAAACACACCUCAUGAAGUUGUUUUGAUUGAUGCUAAUAUUUACAGUCUGCGAGAUGUCCCCCUCGGUGGCCACGUGCAGACAUUGAACCUCCAUUAUAAUCACAUCACAAAAAUCGAAAAUCUUCACCAUCUCAGGACGUUGAAACAUCUUGAUCUGUCCUCCAAUCAGAUCACAGAGCUUGAAGGAUUAGAGAGUUUGCAUUCCCUGAAGACUCUUAAUGUAUCCUGUAAUAGAAUAUGUGUUAUUAAGGGACUUUCUGCCCUCGGAUCCUUAAAGAAACUGAACCUCUCCUAUAAUCAGAUUUCCGAUCUCAGCGGCUUAGUGGAACUGCAUGGACCAAACUAUCAACUGACUCACCUUAAUCUCCAUGGCAAUCACAUACAAUCUGUCAACCAUCUUGUGGAGUGCGUAGUUGGCUGUAUCCGUUUAAGUCACCUGACACUGAUGCAUGAUGGGAGAGGUAAUCCAGUAUGUCAAUUACCAGGAUAUCGUUCCGGUGUUAUUAAUUCUGUGCCUCAGUUAGAGAUAUUAGAUGGCUUAGACAGAAAUGGUGAGGUUGCUAAUGGAGACAGUGGUUUAUCAGAUAUUCCAGGCCUUGAAGACUAUCUGGAAUACCUCGACUCAAGUGAUAAACAGGAUAAUUUACUUCCAUUGGCUUUUCCUAAAAUUGAUGAAGCGCUGCAACAGUUUCGCCAAAGAGGAUGUGUUUCCACGGACCAAAGUUCAACAACAGAUCAAGAAGACAUGGAAAUAAGAAUCAAAGCAACGAGAAUGUCUCCAAGAUUUAAGAGUAAACCUAUCCCUGAGAAAAAAGUUACAACAGACCACGAAGUCAGGAUUGAAAAGCUUGAGCAGGAGCUUGCACAGUUCCUCUGUGUCAAAGAUGAUAAUAACAAGCGAGGAAAAGGUGGAGAAACAGACACAACUGAAAGUAUUUCUUCACCAGAGGACUCAAGACAUCGAUAUAUAUCAAACAGAAAAAAGAACUUGCUUGCUGCCCAAAGAGAUGUGAGCACCGAUGAAAGCUCCAAGCCAAGUGAUACAAAAGGAAAGAAACUGCGGACUAGUAGAAUACCAACCCACAGUCAUCAAAAGAAAACAGUUCCCGCCAAACCUGUCAAAACAGCCAGGCCAAAAGGAAGCUCUAACUCAACACAAGUGUCCAGUUCCCCUCCCAGUGCUGGUGAACAACAAACAAGAAGACCAACAACUGUACAAGAUGAUGAAGACAAACUGUGUUUGAUGCAGGAGCUGGAUAAUGAGCGUGAAAGAAGAUGGAAAGCCGAGCAAGCUGCCAGAAAGUUAGUGGAUCAUAUUAAAGAAAUCCAGUCAAAAGGUAGUGAGCAAAGAGAAGUACAAGACGUGGCUAUUGAGACAUCAACAAGGCUGAAACAGGCACUUGUGAGAGAAAGAGAAGAGAAAAAUAGACUUGAGAAACUUGUUUCUGAAUUAGAGGAACGUGUCAGUAAAUUGACCGAAAAACUUGAAUCCUCUCAAGAUUCGGAAGAGUCGCAGAGAAAGGCACUGAGAGCCAUGGAAACCACGGCAACUAAGAUAGAAAGUGAGAAAAUAGAACAGUUAGCACAUGAGCGAAAGAAAACACAGGACUACCAGAUGAAAGCUGUUGCCGCCAGUCGAGAAGUAGAUUUACUUCGAAACAUGGUGAAAAAACAUGAAGGCAAAAUACAACAACUGCAAGAACUGUUAGCGUCGAGAGAACAGGAUCACAGACACAAUAUGAAAAAUAAAUACAGUCUGGAAAGUAGAGAACUUCAAGAUGUCCUCACUAAAGCUGUUAAUUCAGAGCGAGAGAAGCAUGAGUUGGAUGUCAGGCUGUACAAAGAAAAGGUUGAUGUAUUAACUCAUCAAUACGCAGACUUGGAAGAUGAAUUCAGAUUGGCUUUACAGAUUGAGGCCAACAGAUUUAAAGAAGUUCAAGAAGCGUUUGAGAAAGUCUCUGAAGAAUCAGCUCAGCACAAACAAGCCAUGGUGACACUACACGACAAAGAACAGAAAUGUUCCGCAUUGGUGACUGAGCUGACAUCAAUGGUAAAGGAACAGAAGGGACGAUUAUCAGAAUUGUCUCGAUCAAAGCAAGAAGCACUUGCUGAAGCCAAGGAACGCCUGCAGACAGUUGAAGCUCAUUUAGAUGAAGCUAGGAGACGAAUGGUACAGAUGGAAAUGUUGAAACAAGAAAAGACUAAGUUACAAGCACAGAUCACAGCACAGGAAUCACUCAUUGAAGGACUAAGAGUUGAGAAAAGACUAUGGAGUCAAGAAUUGGCACAACAAGGUGCAUCGCUAGCUCAGGACAGAGGUCGUCUUGAUGCCAGAGUCGAUGCUCUCGCUGCUGAGGUGUCGUCUCUCAAGAAACAACAAGAAAGAGAUCAAGACGCGCUGAGAAUUAAAUGCAAAAUGAUAGAAGAUCAGACUGAAACUAUUAAAAAGUUAAAAGAGGGUCUUAUUGAAAGGGAUGCAGAGAUCAAAGAAGCGAGGGACGACUCUAUAAAAAUGCAGAAGUCUUUGGAGGAGCAGCUGUCUGAGGAGAAGAUAACCAACCAGGAUCUCCAGGAUAGUGUGGAAAGACUAACAGAAAGAAAAGAAGGAUUAAAACAACAGCUGGCAGAUACACAGAUUGAAUUGGAUGAGAGUAGAAAAGCUCAUCAAACACUGGACAAGAAAUGGAAAGAUCGAGCUGAAUUGAUUGGUACAUUGGAAGCGCAGGUCAAAAAAGUCAAAGAAAAUUAUGACGAGAAAGAGAAGAAAUUGACCAAAGAAAGAGACAAUGCUGUCUCAGCAGAAAAGUAG